GGCGCUAAAGAGGGCGUGUAGGGUAGCUUUACCGUACUUUAUGGGAUUUUAUGGCGCUAAAGGACCUAAAGCGGGCGUUUCCAUGAGCUUUACGGUACUUUAUGGGAUUUUACGACGUGACCCUGCACAGGCUUCCCUCAGUUAUGAGUAAUAUAAAUCGCCUGUUUUCGUAUUAUGUUUGCAGUUCCACCCCCGUGUCAAUUUUCAACGGACAUCACCUUUCUGGUAGAUUCAUCCAAAAAUAUUGGCAAGGGUGAAUUUUCCCGACAGAUGACCUUCUUAAAGAUUUUAACGAAAAGUUUUGGAAACAACAGCCGUUCCGCCGUUGUAACCUACGGAGAUAAAGCUUCCAUUGUUACCAGCCUUGAUCAGUUUCCGAACAUACCUGACUUUCUAAAAGCUGUCGCCAACUUGACGCAAGGCAAGGACGGCAGCGGAAAGGGACGAUUGGACGAAGCAGUGAAUUUAGCUACAAGAGACGUAUUUCCAAAAUCCCGACCAGGAGUUUCCAAGCUCGCAGUCGUUCUAACUGAUGGGAAGCAAACGAUUGGACCAAACGCCUUGGAACUCAAACAAGCCUUCGAAACUUCCAGAAAGGCGGGAAUUCGCAUGGUUCCUGUAGGCGUUGGCAAAAAGAUGGAUGUUGAGGAAUGGGGUAAUUUGGUUGAACGUAAACAAGACCUGCUUAAAGUGGAUAAUUUUCAAGAUCUAACCUUGAAAGUCCAUGAGAUCGCCGCUAGCAUUUGUCGUGCAGCAGAGCCAAUCGAGCAACCAACCUGUGGCUACGCGGCUGACCUCACCUUCAUUCUGGAUUCUUCAGACUCUAUUAGCACCGACGACUACCUGAAACAAAAGUCGCUCAUAAUAUCCAUCGCAAGGAGCUUUGGAAUCUCUCACAAUACCAGUAGAGCGGCCGUGGUGCAGUACAGUGAUUCGGCAUCAGUUCAUUUCCAACUGGGAGAUUCGUCAAGUACAAGAGAAUUUGAGACAGCUGUCCAUAAGAUGCCCCAUAAAAAAGGGCCUGCCAGAAUAGAAAAGGCUUUUGACGUAGCUGUUGCAGACGUGUUACCAUAUGGCAGGACGGGAAUACCUCAAAUAGCAUUCGUCGUAACCAAUGGAAAACACGCUCCUAAGGAGGGCGUAAAAGCUCUAGAUGUGGCUUCCACGCAGUUAAGGAGGACAGGAGCAAAGGUGAUUGCUCUUGGUGUUGGCACAAAAGUUGACUCUAAAGAACUGAGUCUAAUGGUGGAUGACGAAGAACGAGUUCUUCGGGCUAAUUCCUAUGACGAGCUAAUUUUGGACAGGAAAAACGUCAGCCACAAGAUUUGUCAAGAAGCGGGUAAGUUUAAAGACUCGCUUGUACUCAAAAUAAAUCUAUCCACAGAGCUGUAAG